AUGUUGCGGCCUGUGAGGGAAGCGGUUCCCAACGCUACUGUCAGAAUCCCAAGGAAGGUAAUAGACAGCGACUUCACCUGCGCGAUCUGCAUGAACAUCAUCAGCGAGACGACGAUCAUUACGGACUGUCUCCACCGCUUCUGUGCCGACUGCAUCACACAAUGCUUGAGGCACAGCAAGCGAGAAUGCCCUUCUUGCCGCACGCCAGUGGCCAGCCAGAGGAAGCUAGUGAGAGACGCGGACUUCGACACGAUGAUCUGUAAGAUGUACAGAGACGUCUCUGAGCUGCGAGAGAUCCAGGACGUCAAGGCGGCUGAAUUCGCCUUCAGCGACAAUAUCAAAGUACUCUCA